AGCUUUUUGUGCCUUGUUCGCCUUCACCGAUUUGAGUGCCACACAAGCCUCAUUUAUAGUCAUAUCCGCCCGCGCCGACAUUCUCGCUUUCUCUGCAUCUACUACUUGUUCUCUCUGCGCUUCUUGCAACCUCAUUGCGCCCCUUUCCCCAGCUCAAAUUCAAAGCAUACGCCAUGCCGUCUGCCGUGAAACCGCCGCAGACACUGUACGACAAGGUCUUCGAGGACCACAUUGUCCAGGAGCAGGACGAUGGCACGAUUCUGCUCUAUAUCGACAGGCAUCUUGUCCACGAGGUGACAUCACCACAAGCAUUCGAGGGUCUCCGAAAUGCAGGCCGAAAAGUACGACGACCAGACUGCACGCUUGCCACAGUAGAUCACAACAUCCCCACUGCGUCGCGGAAAAACCUCACCACCACCGAAAAGUUCAUCGACGAGACAGACUCGCGGUUACAAUGCAUGACUCUCGAGGACAACGUCAAGGCAUUCGACCUCACAUACUUUGGCCUCGACGAUAAGAGGCAGGGUAUUGUACACAUCAUUGGGCCCGAACAAGGCUUCACGCUGCCUGCCACCACGGUUGUCUGUGGUGACAGCCACACCUCUACACAUGGCGCAUUCGGUGCCCUCGCAUUCGGCAUUGGGACGAGUGAAGUGGAGCACGUUUUGGCCACACAGACCAUCAUCACAAGGAGGAGUAAAAACAUGAAAGUGCAAGUCGACGGUGAGCUAGGCCCUGGAGUCAGCAGCAAGGACAUCAUUCUACACGUCAUUGGCAUCAUUGGCACUGCCGGAGGAACCGGCACGGUUAUCGAGUUCUGCGGCUCGGCUAUCCGCGGCCUGAGCAUGGAGGCUCGCAUGUCGAUAUGUAACAUGGCCAUCGAGGGCGGCGCAAGAGCCGGAAUGAUUGCGCCCGACCAGACUACCUUUGACUACCUCAAGGGACGGCCGCUAGCACCAAAAGUGAACAGCCCAGAGUGGAAGAAAGCCUGUAACUACUGGCUGGGCCUGAAGUCGGACGAAGGCGCCAAGUUUGACAUUGAGGUCAACAUUGACGCAAAGGACAUCGCGCCUACGGUUUCAUGGGGUACCUCACCACAGGAUGUUAUCCCGAUUACUGGCGUAGUUCCUGGUCCUGAUGAUUUCGAGGAUGAGGUCAAGAAAGAUGCGUGCAAACGUGCGCUCAAGUACAUGGGUCUGACCGCUGGUACGCCCAUGCAGGACGUCAAGGUUGAUAAGGUCUUUAUCGGGUCUUGUACAAACGCCCGUAUCGAGGAUCUGCGGGCAGCUGCACGUGUUGUCGAGGGCAAGAAGGUUGCUUCCAACAUCAUGCGCGCUAUGAUUGUGCCUGGUUCUGGGCUCGUCAAGAAGAAGGCCGAAGCGGAAGGUCUUGAUAAGAUCUUCAGUAACGCUGGCUUCGAAUGGAGAGAAGCUGGCUGCUCAAUGUGCCUAGGCAUGAACCCAGAUAUCCUUUCCCCUGGCGAGCGCUGCGCCUCGACCUCAAACCGAAACUUCGAGGGACGACAAGGUGCUGGCGGUCGAACCCAUCUGAUGUCGCCCGUCAUGGCCGCCGCCGCCGCAAUCGUUGGAAAUCUUGCCGACGUGCGCAAGUUGGCACCACCAUCCGCAUUUCCUGCGAAAGGAUCCCCCAAGAUUGAGCUCGAUGCUCAUCUGGAGGAAGUCGGGAGCGACGACGAAAUGGAACGGAUCAUGGAUCUCCCCCCUGACUCUCAACAACACACAGCCUCAAAUAGCAGUACCACAGGCGCUUCCGCUGGCAUGCCCAAAUUCGAGACGCUCCGUGGAUAUGCAGCACCGAUGGACAUCGCGAACAUUGAUACCGACGCCAUCAUCCCUAAACAAUUUCUCAAGACAAUCAAGCGCUCUGGUCUCGGCUCUGCGCUCUUUCAUGCCUGGAGAUACCUGGCGGGCGGUGAUGAAGAGGAUCCCAGCUUUGUCCUGAACCAGGAACCGUACCGCAACUCGAAGAUUCUUGUAUGCACAGGCCCAAAUUUCGGCUGUGGCUCAAGUCGUGAGCAUGCGCCAUGGGCUCUACUGGACUUUGGCAUAAAAUGCAUCAUCGCCCCCUCCUUCGGCGACAUUUUCUUCAAUAACACGUUCAAAAACGGCAUGCUACCCCUCCGCAUCACUGACACAGCCGCCCUCCAGCGCAUAGCCGAGCAAGCCAAAGCCGGCAAGGAGAUUGAAGUCGAUCUUGUCAACCAGGUCAUCCGCGACGCCGAGGGCAACGAGCUCUCUACGUUCGACGUCGAAGAGUUUAGGAAACACUGCCUGGUCAACGGCCUAGACGACAUUGGCCUUACCAUGAGCAGCGUAGACAAGAUCGAGGCACACGAGCGCAAGAGGACGGCCGUGUGGCCGUGGCUAGACGGCAGUGGCUUUUUAGCCAGACACGGCCGGGGCCCUGUGAAGAUCGAGGCAAAGCCUGUUCCUAAGACGAAUCGUGGAGAGGAGAUCAAGGAACCGCUGGAGUGGUAA